CGACGAAGAUGUCUGAACACAACUAUUACGUUGAGAAGGUCAAGCGACGUUCCGAGGAUGUCUGCCUUCAAGAGCGGGGUAGGUUUUCCCGAAUUCGUUAAACAUCGUCUUUAGAAAAGGUACAGAGCCGAUCGACCGGGGUAUAAAGGAAGAGGUUCGCAAGUCAUCUGCUCUACCCAAAUCCACCAGCUCUCUCUCUCUCUCUCUCUUCUCAGUCAUUCAGACAGCAGGACCAGCAAUGAUGUUGAACAGAAACGCCCUCUUUUGUUUCUCUGCCUCGCUGACCCUCAUCGCUUCCUCCGUGAGCGCUGCCUCGGUGGAGAGCAUGAAGCGUGACGUCACUGGCGACUGCACCUCGUACGGCCAUGCAUCGUUGGCCAUCCGUCCAAAGAACAACGCCUCGGCGCCCGUCAUCUGGGCCGGCAUCGUCGACGGGGUCAAGCACAGCGGCAUCGACGGCCAGCAGGCCUCCAUCAUCGUCACGAAGGACAAUCAGGGAAAGCCGCUCCAACCCCAGGUCUUUGAAUUUGCCAAUUGCACCUCGGCAGCAAGGCCUCCUCCGGCCGACUACACGCCGCCGACUUCGGGUCGACCCGUGACGGGCAACGGCAUCGUGCGUCCUUGGCAUGCGACCAAGCACUGCCUUACCCUUGAGAGCGAUAACGAAGGUGCGCGCAAUUCGGUUCUCGACUCGAAUUGCAACAAGGUGAACGAGGACAACACCUUCUUUUACCAUACGAUUGCCGCUUCCCACGCAACCAUGUACCUCGAGUUUGCCAGCGAGCCCAAGGACAUCAUCCUCAAGAAUACAGCCCACGAGGAGAUCCAAUUUAUCCCACGAGGAACCGGCGGUACUGCUCAAGUCUAUGACCUCAUCUUCACCGAUGCCCAGACCACGUCGGUACCUCCCCCCCAGCUGUAAAGUUUUAUGAUGCGAAGCCCUCCUUGUUGGGAGGAUACCGCCGUAGUCGUGCUCAGCACCUCCAACCUAGCUAUCGUUCUCGCUCUCUCAGCUGUUCUUUCCUUUAUUUAGCUCACGGGAAUGGAAAGUAAGAUCAGUCGACCCUCGGACAUUUCCAUCGGUCCCGCUCGGGAUUUUCCGUCCUGACUCGACGCAGAAUAUAGUAUAAUAUUCCCUGCAUUGCCC